AUGAAUGAACCUACGGAGAAAUACUUAUCGUCGAUCAGGUCAAUCAAAGUCAUCACGAUAACAGGGCUCCUCAUCCUUGGUAUUGUGCUUGACCUCGGAGGUGGCCCAAGUCAUGAUCGUAUUGGGUUCCGGUACUGGAAGAAUCCCGGACCGUUUGUACAGUUCGAUGGGAUAGCUGGAGCUAAGGGGCAGUUUCUAGGAUUUGUUCGUGUACUCAUCCAGGCUGCCUUUUCUUUCAUUGGAACCGAGGUUGUCACUAUGGCAGCUGCAGAGGCGAAGAACCCUCGAUACACCAUGCCGCGAGCGAUACGGACAGUAUACAUCCGAAUUUUCCUAUUUUAUGUCGGGAGCAUCUUCGUCAUCGGGUUGCUUGUCCCUUCCAACAACCCUCUUUUGAAUCUUAACUCUUCCAACGCCUCGUCAUCCCCGUUCGUGAUCGCUAUCAAUCAGGCUGGGAUUAAAUAUCUGCCUUCAAUUUUGAACGCAGUCAUCCUAAUUUCUGCUUGGUCCGCCUCUUCAAGCGACUUAUAUUUAUCAUCGAGGGGAUUAUAUGGCCUUGCCGCUACUGGGAAUGCUCCCAAGUUUUUCUUGCGCACGUCACGUUCAGGCCAUCCAUAUGUGGCCGUCAUUUUUUGCUCAAUGUUUUCCCUUUUGUCAUACAUGGUAGUGAACACCAGCUCCGGCAUCGUUUUUACCUGGUUUUCGGACAUGACUGCCACCGCAGGACUCUUAACGUGGUUUUGUGUUGGGGUGACCUACGUCAGGUUCCACCGGGGAUUAUUGGCACAAGGGUAUGACAGGAAACGUUUACCAUAUGCCUCGAGACUCCAGCCAUAUGCGUCGUGGUGGGUGAUUGCUUCGUCGCUGGUAACUCUCCUGUUCAGCGGAUGGCAAGUCUUUUUGAAAGCGAAUUGGUCUCAUACGACGUUCGUGACGACCUAUUUGCCUAUCGUAUUGUUUUCGGUAUUGUAUGCAUCUGCGAAAUUUGUGAUGCGGGUGCCCCUGGUGAAACCGAGCGAGAUGGAUUUCAAGUCCGGGACAGAGAAUUUAGAUGUCGAGAGAUCUAAAGAACCCUCGCCGAAAAAAUUGGAAGGAGGCGAUCUGGAUGAGUUUGGUGUGUUCUUUUUCCCAUCUAAGUUGUUCGCUUACCGCAAGAAACAUCACAGGCGUGAUGCGGUUCGUUGUUAUACCAAUCCAACAAUGCGCAGCUAG